UGCCAUAAUUACCCGAAAUUACGCGAUAGCUGAGAAAAGGUAAUUUGUGUUUGCUUUUCUCUUAAAUUAUCAGUCAUUCGGAAGUUUUUGGAAGGAAAAGUUGAUUUUUUUGGUGGGGAAAAAAGUGAAAAUGUUGCUUAUUCUCUAUAUUAUAUUCCUAUUUGGGAAUGGAAUUUAUUUUUUCUUAAAAUGGAAUUACAAUUAUUGGGAAAAGAGGGGAAUUCCAUCCCCAAAACCAGGACUCUUUGUGGGAAAUUUCCCAGGAGCUGUGAAGCAGAAAGUUCAUAUUAUUUAUGAAAUGCAGAAGAUUUAUGAGAAAUACAAAGGAAGAUAUUCCUUUGUUGGAAUCUACAAUAUGCGAACACCACAGCUAAUGGUAACAGAUGCAGCUAUUGCCAAAGAUAUCCUUAUCAACAAGUUCAGGAACUUCCAUGAUAAUGAGAUUGCUGACAUGACUAACAAGGAAAGUGAUCCAAUCUUUGGGCGAAAUCCUUUUGUGCUAAAAGGUGAGGAAUGGAAGCAGAAACGUGCUGAAAUUACUCCUGCAUUUACCCAAAUGCGAAUCAAGGCAAUGUACCCAGUUUUGGAAGAUGUCUGUGGGCGCAUGAAGAAGUACAUCUUGAAGGAAAAUCACCAAGCAAUUGAAGCUCGUGAGUUAAUUGCGAAAUUCACAACAGAUGUUGUCUCAAGUUGCAUCUUUGGCAUUGAUGCGGGAUCAUUUGUUGAGGAGAAGCCCGCAAUUCGGGAAAUGGGCAGAAGAAUUACGGAAUUCACACCAAGAAUUAUUUUUUAUUUCAUCAUGGUUCAAUUAAUCCCAUCCCUGCGACAUGCAUGGAAAGUUAGUUUUUCUGAUAAAACGACUCAGAAGUUUUUCGUAAAUAUCAUGAAGGAUGCCAUUGAUUUGCGAAAGAAGAGCAACAGUGAUCGUACAGACUACCUCCAUUACCUCCUUGAGCUCAAACAGAAAAAAAAUCUCACUGAUCAUGAUUUAGUGGGACAUGCUAUAACCUUCUUUAUUGAUGGUUUUGAAACAUCUAGCAUUAUAAUGAGUUUCGCCUUGUAUGAAUUGGCAAAGUAUCCGGAAGUUCAGAAGAAAUUGCGAGAAGAAAUUCGCGAAACAAUCCAAAAACACGGAGAGAUAUCUUUUGAAGUUAUUCACGAAAUGCCCUACCUCGAUCUGGUUGUCUCUGAAUCGAUCCGACUUCAUCCUCCUGCGCCUUUUGUAAGAAAACGUUGUACUGAAACGUGUGAAUUGCCAAUAACAAAGAAUCAAAUGGUUACCAUUGAGAAAGGAUGGCCUGUGCUCAUACCAAUUUACAACAUUCAUCGCGAUGCGAGAUACUUUGAGGAUCCGGAAAAAUUCAUCCCUGAAAGAUUUGCCCCCGAGAAAGGAGGAAUAAAAAUUCAUCGUGAAAAGGGAUCGUAUUUGCCCUUUGGGGAUGGCCCAAGGAUGUGUUUAGGCAUGAGAUUUGGACAGGCUCAGCUGAGGGCAGCUAUCGUGGCCAUUGUAAAGGAUUUUGAGAUUACUGUGGAUUCAAAAACUGCUGAAAAUAUUGUUAUGAAUCCUUCUCACCUCCUUCCAUCCGUUCUCGGAGGACUCUGGUUGCAAUUUAAGGAGAUUAAGUAGAAGUCAAGUUGAGGAAAUAAGAUUUGUAUCUUCAUCUUCGUUCUACAUUGUCAAUGCAUUUGUAUUUUUAAAAGCGUUAUGUUAAAAAUAAAGAAAAGCAGAAACAGAAAAAAAA